AUGUAUGUACGAGCGGUGCGGUGGUUCUCCUUGAAGAACACCAGCAAGUAUGUGUUGCCCAAUGGGUAUCAACCGCAGACAUCAAUCAUCAAGUCUAUACCAUUUAAGGAGAGUUUGUCAAUAUGGUGGCGGUCGUUAUCUCCAAAUAGACUUGAGAUAUUGCAAAAAGCAUUGGUGGAAUUGAUGGUGCCAAACAUAGAUGCAAACUCACAUAUAGAAAAGGGGGCCAAGAAAGUACCUAUUGGGGAAUCCGAUCAUAUAAAUGAGGUGCAAUUUAAGAUUAUCAGCAAUGAGUGCCUACCAACAAAACACAUUGUUUUCAUUCAUGGGUAUGGUGCAUCAUUGGGAUGUUUUGCUCGAAACUUUCAGCUCAUUGACAAGUUCAAAACAAGUAAAAAGUACAACUACCACGUCCACUAUCUCGACAACAUCACUUUCGGUUUAUCAUCGAAUCCCAAAAUCGACAAUGAGCAAAUCAGUUGGCGAAUUCCCCCAACUGCCAAGAUCAAGUUGAUUGAUAAUGAACCAACUGAUCCAAAGAAGUUGUAUUGCAAGUACUACAAACUUAUUGAAGGAUUUCAGCUAGAUCCAGAAAAUUUUGCCCAUUAUCAGCAACAUUUCAAACCAAUUUUGCAAGAUAUGGAAAAGUUCUACACUUCUGCAAUUGACAAAUGGAGGGAGCUGUCGGGAAUUGAAAAGAUUGACUUUUUGGUAGGACAUUCUUUUGGUGCAUACUGGAGUGCUUCGUACUCAUUGAUGUACCCAGAAAGAGUGUCAAAUUUAAUCUUGUUAUCUCCGGUUGGAGUAGAACGUCAUGUGAUGGCGUUAACCAAUGAUGAUAAAAUCACCACUGACGUUGUAAAACCAGUGUUGGAUCCGACUUCGUACAAGUUUCUUAGUCGGUUCCCCAUUUUAUCCAUGAAUCACAUAUUGAAUUGGUACUACAAGAUCCCAUUCUUACCGCGGGUGUUACCAUUUUUGGGUCCCUGGGGUGUUCAAUUGUAUUUUAACAUGUGGUUAUCUAAAUUAUCCAAGAUCAACAAAUUGAUACAAAAGCACGGUGGGCCAGAAUGGAUUUUCAACAACGUCAAUGACUUGGUGUAUGGUACCCCUAAAGAGAUUAAGCUUAUUGUGGAGUAUCUAUACAACUCAGUCUCCAAUGGUACCAAUAGUGACAUCUAUGUUAAGUACUUAUUGACGCCAGCCACGGUAAGUAAAUGGCCAUUGUACGACAAGUUUAUGGCCAAGAUGAAGACAGACCCACAAGCAUUCACGUUUAAUACAUAUUUACUCUAUGGACAGUACGACUUUAUGAAUUCAGAAGCGGGACAGAAGUUAGUUUCUAGAUUGACCAAGGCAAUACCUGCAAGCAAGUUUAGAUAUGAUGAGAUCGCUGAAGGUGGCCACAACCUAUACAUUGAUAACCCGUUUGAUACCAAUAGAAAGAUUUAUGAGAUUGCCAUGGAGAACGAAGAGAGUGAAUAA